UGUAGUCGAUGAGGUCUUCGAGUCUGACGGGUCCGUUGCGAUCCUGUCAAAGGUCGAUCGAGGAGUACAUCAGCUGCCAACGAGGUCUGACUGCGAUCAAGCCAGGCACCUUGAGAUGCAAGACAGCCGCGUAGAGUUGCGUUGCAGCCUGAGUGCCUCCUGCUUCUCUCUGUUGAGCUGCGAUGCCCGUACGACCCUGGUAGGCCAUCUGUCGCCGAGAUUCUGAGCUGGGAGCGCCAGCAGGCCGCUGAGGGAAGGUAAGCCUGGUGAGCUGCGUGUGAGCGCGCGAGCCCGUCAACGUCGUCGACCGUCGUGCACUCGUGAUCGUGAGCGUGACGGGUGACCAUCCAGAUGGACCGAUGACGAGGCGACGAUCCGAGAUGGCGACGUCGGGCCAGACUAGCUGGAGGGCAGGCUCGCCUCUCAAGCUGGCUCGCCCGACGUUUGAGCGCGUGAUGUGCUGCCUGCCUGUCCGAACGACCAUCAUCCAUCCACAGCUUCGUGACCUGCUCAUCUGUCCCCGACAGGCUGGCGAGAUCUACAAUGUCACUCUCAGCAGUAUUGUCCGACACGCAGACAUGGGUUCGACCCACCCCAGCCAGUCUAACUUCGUCACUGCUGCCUUUGUUCCCAACUGCCUCACAAAGGGCUGUGGCCUGAUCGCAGCUGGCGGCCAGCAUUCUCAGAUCAUCAUCCGAUCAGACGAUCCACACUCCAGCUGGGCCAUCAAGGAGACCCUGAGCGGCAGCAUCAACAACUCGAUCUGCAUCGCGCCGAGCGCCUUACCCUCAGAGGUCCCCCAGGCGAUCGUGUCCAACAACGACAAUUGCAUCGCCAUCUUCGACAUCACCUGGGCAUCUCGUCAUCUCGAAGCAGCUAGAGAUAGCACGCAAGAGUCUGACGGCGACGACGAGCGACGGCCGACUCGCUCGGCUAGGUCAGCCAAGAAGAGUCUCUCACGUGCGUACCGCGGCAGAUCCGCGCCUGCUUUACUGCGCAGACAGAAUCUACACUUCGACACGCCAAUAAACCAUUCGAGCGUCUCGCCAGACGGGAAGACGAUGGUCUCCGUUGGCGAUUCGACCGAGAUGUUCGUUUGCGAUAUCAGCGCAGCCAAUCAGUUCAGUCUGAUGACAAAACGGCCGUGCGCUCAGGACGCGAGCUUUUCGACCUCGUGGUCACGAGACAGUCGGACGUUUGCAAUCGCUUCACAAGACUGCAGCGUUGCUUUCUAUGACGUCCGCAAUCUCGACAGGCCCAUCAAUCGCUUCAGGACCUCUGCUCCCGCUCGCCUCGUCAAGCACUCUGGCGCGUCUCACGAGCUAACGGCAUUCAGCGAGCAGUACGAUGUAGUGCACGUCAUCGAUUCAAAGACGGUAGAGCAUCUUGGGCAACUGACCAUCGAUCCCGGAGCGAGCACUGCACCCCUGCGGCCCGGUCUGUCUCUGGCAGAAGAACGAGACGCGCUGGCGGCUGUCUGUCCCGAGGGCAUCUCGCCGCAAGCGUGGAUCGACGGUCUGAGCCAGUACACCAACGGCCUCGAAUUUGACAGUGUGACUGACUGCGACGCUGCCGUCAACAUUGUCGGCCUCGACUGGAGCCCGGACGGCGAAGCACUCUAUGUCGCAAGCUUGAGCGGUGUCUGUGAGUAUCGCGUGGAUCAGGCUGCUAGGCAAAGCGCAGUCCAUUUCGAGCUUCUCUGAACUUGUGCCAGACGUGGAUUGCGCCAUCGCGACCGCACGAAAGCUGCUCGUCUGCCGAGGGAUGUUGCGACAGCCAGAGUACGCUGCGCGUGUGGGCUUCGACGACCUGUACUGCUCGGCCCUCUGCCAGAUCCCAGACGAAGAUCUGACCGCUUUCGUCGCCCGACAUCACAGUACGCU